AUUUUUCUUUUUUUUUAAAUCUUAAAUAUUCAUUUUUUUAGAAUAUAUAUCAAAUUGACGACGGUUAUUAGGGUUUAACAAAGCAAAAAGAGCGAGGAAGAACGGAGAGAGAGAGAGAAUAGGAAGAACCAUGCGACGGCAGCCUCCGCAGCCUCCUCCUCCGCCGCCGCCUGGUUACUAUUACUACGAUCCAUCCUACCACUAUCUACCGCAGCAGCUUGGUUACAUUGGUUACAACGAUCUUUUCGUCUCUCCAUGGCCUGGUGCUUAUCCUUCUUAUCCUCCUUCUAACUCCGCCGGUCAGUUUCCCUCUGAACCUCCGCCUCAUCCUUCAUGGCUACCACAGCAGCCUGGUGCUUAUCCUUCUAACGCCGCCGGUCAGUUUCCCUCUGAACCUCCGCCUCAUCCUCCAUGGCUACCACAGCAGCCUGGUGCUUAUCCUUCUAACGCCGCCGGUCAGUUUUCCUCUGAACCUCCGCCUCAUCCUUCAUGGCUACCACAGCAGCCUGGUGCUUAUCCUUCUAACGCCGCCGGUCAGUUUCCCUCUGAACCUCCGCCUCACCAGCCGCAGCCUCAUCCUCCACCUCCAGGCGUUAGUGGUCCAUUAUACUAUCAAUCGGGACAACAGCCUCCUCUUCCGCCUUACCAGCCAGAUCCGACGCCUCCUCCUCCGCCUUACCAGCCAGAUCCGACGCCUCCUCCUCCGCCUUACCAAUCAGAAGCUAAAACAGAACCUAAGGAUUGGGGAUCAGAUGGAUGCAGCUAUGGGGAUCAGAUGGAUGCAGCUAGAGACACAGACGCUGAUAUAAAGAUUAUCAUGAGUCAAAUUCUUUUUAAGGUUGCGGACCAAAUAAUCGAUGAAUUUACAGGCAAAAUCAUUGCUGAAGAUGGAGCUGAUUGCAAGGGUUUGGCAAAGAUUUUGGCCUCAUUAGGUAGCGCUGAUACUGAUGCUGGCUUGGGGUCGAUACAGCAGCCAAGCGACUAUAAUACUCUUCAACUUGGGGUGGACACAUACUCAGAUACAUUGGGAUCGAGUAGAAAUUUAUUGGGUGAUAUGACUGGAAAGGGAGAUUCUCACUCAAAGGAGAAGCACCAUCGUUCUUCUUUUUUCAGUGUGCCUGCUUGCUUCAGAAAUCCUUCUUCACCUGAUGAAUCUCGUGAAGAUUCAAGAAGAAGGUCCAAAAAAGGGUCAAAGCCGUCGAGAAAACGUGAUGAAUCGUCAAACAGAAGCUAUUAUUCAUCUCAUGAAUAUUCUGAAGAUUCAAGAAGCUCAAGGAAUCCAACAAGCUCCAAAAAAGAGUCAAAGCGUUCAAGAAGGUCCAUAUCCCCCCACCACAGGCGACAUUAGUUCGUGGCCAAAACACUGUAAUAGGGCGAUUUGUGAAUUGAAAAUGGGACAUGACAGACAAAUACUGUAAUACUGUAAUCGUUUCAACUUUUAGUUAAAUAUUGUUUGGACUGGUUUGGAAUGUUUAGUAUUGUAUAUAAAAAAUUUGAUCCGGUCAGUUAGGUUCAGAA